AUGAAUUUUCUCGAAUUUUCAAUAUUUCAUUUCAGCGAUGCUUAUAAUUUGGCGACAUUAGGAGUCACUGAGGGCGAUUGGAUAAUAUUAGGUAAUAAUACUCUUGAAAAUUUCCAAAUUGAUCUCGCUAAAAUGGUUUUUCAUCGAAUCAAGGACCAUAAAACGCUUCAAUUAAUAUCAGCGAUUGAAGAAAUGCAACAAAAUGGAGAAAGUGAAGAAAUAAUAUUGGCUUCAAUAUAUGCCUAUCAAGGAAGAUUCAAGGAAGCAGCUAUUCUAUUUCAAAAAAUUGGCUUAGAGCAAAAAACAUUAGAGAUAUUCACAGAAUUAAAAAUGUUUGAUCAAGCACAGGAAUUGCUAUCAUCUGCCUCUGACGAAAUGCGAAAGGCAUUAAUAAGAAGACGUGCUGACUGGGCGCAAGUUUCAAAUGACCCUCGACUCGCAGUUGAAAUGUAUGUAGCCUCAGGAGAUUAUGUUAAAGCAGUCAAACUAAUGAUUGAAAAUCAAUGGACAGAUAUGUUAAUGAAUUUAAUGCAUCGAAUAAAUCGGAGUGAUGUGGACAUAUUGCGUGAAAUUGGAUUUUAUAUGGCUGAAAAAAAGGAAUAUACCGUAGCGACACAAGUUUUCCGUUCUAUAAAUGACAUACGAUCUCUAUUGAAAAUGCACGUUAACGUUGGACAGUGGGAUGAUGCAUUCGCUAUCGUAACACGAUACCCAAAUUAUCAUAAAGAUGUAUAUUUGCCUUAUGCACAAUGGUUGGCUGAAAAUGAUCGCUUUGAGGAGGCGCAGAAAGCAUAUCAUAUGGCUGGUGAAGAAGUGGAAGCUUUGCGGGUUUUAGAACAACUGACGCAGAAUGCUAUUAAAGAAAAUCGUUUUCUUGACGUUGGUUAUUAUUACUGGAUGCUUAGUAAACAAUGCUUGGAUAGAAGCACAACCGACGUAAAUCUACUGCAAAAGUUUUACGAAUAUAAACUGAAAGCUGAUUGCUAUUACGCUUAUGAUGCUAUAUUCAAGUAUCUUGUAGAACCAUUUAUGAGCCACACUCCUGAGACACUUGUUCCUACACAUUUGGAAAACGAUAUCGCAAUAGCAACACUGUUAAUACGAAGCAAACCAUUUAUAGAUACUGAAGAAUUCUUACCAAUGUGCUACAGAUGUGGUACUUCAAAUCCAUCGACAGAAGUAUUACCAGUAAUGGAAUUCAAGAUUUCUGAAGACAUCGACAUAGAAGAAGCUAAAAGACUUAUAAAUUCUGAACCACCACUUAAUCGAAGCGAAGAACCAUUUAAAAAACAGCUACAAAUGAGAAAAGGAUCGUUAGUUGCGGAUAGGGAAAUGCUAAUUGGUUUAGAACGACUUCAAGUAAUUAUUGCUGAGUGGAAUGAACCAUUAAAAGCACAGUUUUAUUAUAAUUUUAUACCUGAAAUAUCUAUAUCGAAAUGUAAUUUUUGUCACCAUAUGUUUCAUGCAGAUGAUUUCGAAAUGGCAUGUCUUACUACAGGUGGUUGUCCCUUGUGCCGAAAUGCUCCUAAAAAACAUGAUUAUCCUGAAUUCUUGGAUGAUGACUGA